ACAGGACAAGUUUUGGAAAACCAGAGUCGGGCUCCUUGGAGUUUGUCAUCUAUAACAGAUUUCUUCUGGUCAAUAGCAGAUUUCGUGGUUCUGUUUUUCCAGAGCAUUAUUCAACCAGAUUUGAGAAGAGGCGGCUACACAUCUUCCUCCUAUUCAGGAUACAAUGAUGGACGAGGGCCUCCAGCCCAUCCUCGCCGUAGAAUGGGUCGAAUAAAUCACUGGGGUGGAGGCCCCAGUCCGCCACCAAUGGCUGGAGGUGGAUGAGGAAGGUAAACACCUGCUGAAGAGGCAGGCAAAAGAGCACACACAUUUACAAGAUGAAAGGGAAGAAGAGUUUAGUGGUGGACCAAAUGAGUUUGAAUGUUGUAAAUGUGUAUGUCUAACUGAAAACUGUUCUGUGAUAUAAGCAGAUUAAUGAAGUUGUACUGGGAACUCCUUCUUCAAGGAUCCAGUGUAACUGAACCGCAGUUUUAUUAAAUACAUGUUUACUGUCUAAAGUCUUUGUAUAGUUUCUGAAUAUUUUACUGUAGUUGCAAAGUAAUAAGUAAAUUAUAUUUGGCUGGUCACAA